CCAAGUUCAUAACAAAUCCCAAAUUCCACCUUCAUCCACCAGAAGAGGAAAGCAACAGCGCAGGACCAAAUUCUCCUCGCACAGCAUGUUCAGUACAAUCAGCACGUCCUGUACUUGUAGUGAAGUGAAUUCCUACUGCCACUGACUGAACUCUGAGAGGCCUCUGGGGUGGCUAUUGGGUCAACUCCGGUGAUUGCUACCUAUAGGAUCUGGCUGGCGCUUCCAGGUAGAUUAGGGGACGUUGGGGGUGGCCAUCGAGUCAAUCCCAGAAAGCCAUCUACACGAUACAAUAUGGCUGGCCUUUCGACGAGUGGGGGUGGCCAUUUGAGUCAACGCCAGUGAUUGUUUACCUACAGUAUCUGGCCGGCUUUUUUAUACUUUAUAUAUACUGGGUAGAUGAGCGGGAGUUUGGGGGAGAGUGAGAGGGGAGAAAAAUAGAGCGCAGGAGGACCGAGGGCAUCUUUUGUUGAAAACGCAGCGGAAAGCGGUGGCAGAGAAGAGGAAAAAUGCCGUGCUUGAACCUGACAACAAACGUCAACCUGGACGCCGUCGACACCUCCGCCAUUCGGUCUGAGGCCAUCUCUGCUGUUGCCAAACAUACCGGCUUACCGGAGUCGUAUAUUAUGACCUCGUUGAAGGGAUCUGUACCCAUGACAUUUGGUGGGACUGAGCAGCCAACUGCCUUUGGUGAGUUGGUUUCUGUUGGGGGACUCAACCCUGAUGUGAACGAGAAGAUAAGUGCUGCGAUUUCCACCAUUCUUGAGACAAAGCUUAAUGUCCCAAAGUCGCGUUUCUUCCUGAAAUUCCAUGACACCGAGGGUUCCAACUUUGGCUGGAAUGGGUCCACCUUCUAGGGCCCUUGUUUGUAUGUUCAAAGAGUAUUUGCUAUGUUGAGCUUGUUGACAACACGGCUCAGAAUUUGUAAAAAAAAUACAUAAUGUUUAUGUGGUAGUGCUUGGAUUAUGCAUGUUCCAAGCUGAUUCUGUUGAUGUUUGGAGGUGUAUGCUUAAUAUGCUGGAUAUUUUGUGAUCCUUUUAAACAAUCACUAGAUACUCCAUUUGAAGUAAACUGGUGCAAAAUUUUCAGUC